UUCCAUUAAGACUGGGGCAGGAGGCGAGAAGUUGCGCGCGGGCCGCGGGCGGGAGCGGGCAGCGAGGCGGGUGUGCGGGCGUGCGGGCGUGCGGGCGUGCGGGAGCCGGGCGCCGAGGACCCGGCCGGGAGCGAGGAGGCGGCAUGGAGCGUCUGGAGCCCCGCGCCUGCCUGGCCCUGCUGUGGGGCUGCGUGCUGGCCGCGGCCGCCGCGGCGCAGGGCAAAGAAGUUGUGCUGUUGGACUUUGCCGCAGCUAAAGGGGAACUCGGCUGGCUCACGCACCCAUAUGGCAAAGGGUGGGACCUGAUGCAGAACAUCAUGGACGACAUGCCCAUCUACAUGUACUCCGUGUGCAACGUGGUGGCCGGUGACCAGGACAACUGGCUCCGCACCAACUGGGUGUACCGCGGCGAGGCCGAGCGGAUCUUCAUCGAGCUCAAGUUCACCGUGCGUGACUGCAACAGCUUCCCCGGGGGCGCCAGCUCCUGCAAGGAGACCUUCAACCUCUACUAUGCCGAGUCGGACGUGGACUAUGGCACCAACUUCCAGAAGCGCCAGUUCACCAAGAUCGACACCAUCGCGCCCGACGAGAUCACGGUCAGCAGCGACUUCGAGGCGCGCCACGUGAAGCUGAACGUGGAGGAGCGCUCCGUGGGGCCGCUCAGCCGCAAGGGCUUCUACCUGGCCUUCCAGGACAUCGGCGCCUGCGUGGCGCUGCUCUCCGUCCGCGUCUACUACAAGAAGUGCCCCGAGCUGCUGCAGGGCCUGGCCCACUUCCCCGAGACCAUCGCGGGCUCUGACGCGCCCUCCCUGGCCACGGUGGCCGGCACGUGUGUGGAGCACGCCGUGGUGCCGCCGGGGGGCGAAGAGCCCCGCAUGCACUGUGCAGUGGACGGCGAGUGGCUGGUGCCCAUCGGUCAGUGCCUGUGCCAGGCUGGCUACGAGAAGGUGGAGGACGCCUGCCAGGCCUGCUCGCCUGGAUUCUUCAAGUCCGAGGCAUCUGAGAGCCCCUGUUUGGAGUGCCCCCUGCACACGGUGCUGGCCCCCGAGGGGGCCACCUUCUGUGAGUGUGAGGAAGGCUACUUCCGGGCCCCUCAGGACCUGCUGUCGAUGCCCUGCACUCGCCCGCCCUCCGCCCCGCACUACCUCACGGCCGUGGGCAUGGGCGCCAAAGUGGAGCUGCGCUGGACGCCCCCCCAGGACAGCGGGGGCCGGGACGACGUCAUCUAUAGUGUCACCUGUGAGCAGUGCUGGCCCGAGUCGGGUGAGUGCGGGCCCUGCGAGGCCAGCGUGCGCUACUCCGAGCCGCCGCACGCGCUGACCCGCACCAGUGUGACCGUCAGUGACCUCGAGCCGCACAUGAACUACACCUUUGCCGUGGAGGCCCGCAACGGUGUCUCGGGCCUGGUGGCCAGCCGCAGCUUCCGCACCGCCAGCGUCAGCAUCAACCAGACAGAGCCCCCCAAGGUGAAGCUGGAGGGCCGCAGCACCACCUCGCUGAGUGUCUCCUGGAGCAUCCCCCCACCACAGCAGAGCCGUGUGUGGAAGUAUGAGGUCACCUAUCACAAGAAGGGGGACUCCAACAGCUAUAACGUGCGCCGCACUGAGGGCUUCUCGGUGACCCUGGAUGACCUGGCUCCGGAUACCAUCUACCUGGUCCAGGUGCAGGCGCUGACGCAGGAGGGCCAGGGUGCUGGUAGCAAGAUGCAUGAGUUCCAGACGUUGUCCACGGAAGGAUCUGGCAACAUGGCGGUGAUAGGCGGUGUGGCCGUUGGCGUUGUCUUGCUUCUGGUGCUGGCAGGAAUCGGCUUCUUCAUCCAUCGCAGGAGGAAGAGCCUGCGGACUCGCCAGUCCUCAGAGGACGUUUACUUCUCCAAGUCAGAACAACUGAAGCCCCUAAAGACAUACGUGGACCCCCACACGUACGAGGACCCCAACCAGGCGGUGCUCAAGUUCACCACCGAGAUCCACCCCUCCUGUGUCACGCGGCAGAAGGUGAUUGGAGCAGGAGAGUUUGGGGAGGUGUACAAGGGGACGCUGAAGGCAUCAGGGAAGAAGGAGGUGCCCGUGGCCAUCAAGACGCUGAAAGCCGGCUACACGGAGAAGCAGCGGGUGGACUUCCUCAGCGAGGCCAGCAUCAUGGGCCAGUUCAGCCACCACAACAUUAUCCGCCUGGAGGGAGUUGUCUCCAAAUACAAGCCCAUGAUGAUCAUCACUGAAUACAUGGAGAACGGGGCCCUGGACAAGUUCCUUCGGGAGAAGGAUGGUGAGUUCAGCGUGCUGCAGCUGGUGGGCAUGCUGCGGGGCAUCGCGGCCGGCAUGAAGUACCUGGCCAACAUGAACUAUGUCCACCGCGACCUGGCCGCCCGCAACAUCCUUGUCAACAGCAACCUGGUCUGCAAGGUGUCCGACUUCGGCCUGUCCCGCGUGCUGGAAGACGACCCCGAGGCCACCUACACCACCAGUGGCGGCAAGAUUCCGAUCCGCUGGACAGCCCCGGAGGCCAUUUCCUACCGCAAGUUCACCUCCGCCAGCGACGUGUGGAGCUAUGGCAUCGUCAUGUGGGAGGUGAUGACGUACGGCGAGCGGCCCUACUGGGAGCUGUCGAACCAUGAGGUGAUGAAAGCCAUCAACGACGGCUUCCGGCUGCCCACGCCCAUGGACUGCCCCUCCGCCAUCUACCAGCUCAUGAUGCAGUGCUGGCAGCAGGAGCGUGCCCGCCGCCCCAAGUUCGCCGACAUCGUCAGCAUCCUGGACAAGCUCAUCCGAGCCCCCGACUCCCUCAAGACCCUGGCUGACUUUGACCCCCGGGUGUCCAUCCGGCUGCCCAGCACCAGCGGCUCCGAGGGGGUGCCCUUCCGCACAGUGUCCGAGUGGCUCGAGUCCAUCAAGAUGCAGCAGUACACAGAGCACUUCCUUGCGGCUGGCUACACCGCCAUCGAAAAGGUGGUGCAGAUGAGCAACGAGGACAUCAAGAGGAUUGGGGUGCGGCUGCCUGGCCACCAGAAACGCAUCGCCUACAGCUUGCUGGGACUCAAGGACCAGGUGAACACAGUGGGGAUCCCCAUCUGAGCCCCGGCAGGCCUCAAACCCCCUUGGCCAAGAAUACUUGAAGAAGCUGAGUUGUCUCCCUGCUAGCUCUGCACCGGGCCACCAGGGACCUUAUUUAUUUCUAGUUAUUCCUUACUGAUGCCACCCUGAGGCCUCUGCUGGGGGGGGAGGUCUUGGACAACACCUUGGCCUAUACUGGGGAGAUGCUCAGGGACCCCGAGCUGGGGGCCUCUUCGUCUACGAAGGACAGACUGCCAAGCACUUAGCAGGUGCCGCCAUGUUCCCAGCAUGCCCUGGGGCGGGAGCCCCGCCAAGGCAUUUGGACAGACACAGGACAUUUCCAAACUGACCUCCCCUGCGCCGCCUCGGGAGAUGGAGAGGUUAGCCUGUGGCCACGUGAACAGGGUACCUCCAGCGCCACCCACAGAUGAGAAGAGGACAGCCAGCAAACUCAGCUGGGCAAGACCCAAAGUGGUCCUCCGGUCCCUCUGGUGCCUUCCUCAGCCCCCCAGGCCCUGUCCUCAGCCCCAACGGGCCGAAUCUUGCUUCCCUGGGGCCCUCGCAGGAUGCUUGGUUGUGUUGAGGUUUUUUUUAAAUAUAUAUUUUGUACUUUGUGGGGACUAUGUGUGUGUGGCAGGGGGCCCAGCCAGGGCUGGGGGGCAGACGGUGGCUUGUGUCAGACAUUCCCAGGCUGGGGGCCGGUCCAUCCGGUCUCCCUCCCCUUUAGACAACAUUCACUAUGUCAGUGUUAUUGAUUUUGUUUUUGUUGGGUAUUUUUUCGAACCUUAAUUUAUUAUUAUUUUUUUUUAUAUUUAUUGUUAGGAAAUGACUUAUUUCUGCUCUGGAAUAAAGUUGCAGAUGAUUCAAACUGA